GGCCAGCCGCUGGAGGCCGCUGUUUCCGCACGUGCUGGCUCUCUGUCUCCGCAGUGCUGCCUGUCUACGAGGAGUGCGUUUGAUUGUUGCAGGGCUCAAUGGCGGACAGAGCAGGAUAGUCGCGUUAGCACCGAGGACAAUAACAUCUCCACUGCGUUUAAUCCCGGCGUGCCCCGGUCCGCCGCUGCGUGCACCUGGUGCACCGGUAGUUACAUUAAACACAGAGUCCCCGCUGCUGCUUGGUGGUCUGGAGUUCCCGUCCCAAGUUACUCUGUUCACGGUGUCUCACUGAAGGCAGCUAGCUUGCGAGCAAAAUCAUGGGGGACUCUCUCGAGCUGAUAGGAAAGCGUCUCUUUCUGCUCCUCGACGACGGCAGGUCUGCAAAUGGAUCCGAGCCAGAGCAGGCUGCCUGGGCCCGGGACUGGCUGCGGGGCACGGUGCGGGCGGUGAGCGUCAUCGGCCUGGCCGCCCCGGAGGGAGGAGAGGCGACAACAACAAGCCCUGCUGCAGGGCUGACGGUAUUCGUGGAGUUUGAAAAUGUGGUGCAGAGCUGUUCUUGGGUGCAAGUGUAUGACAAGGGGGUGAAAGCACUGUUGGUGGAGGACUCCAUUGUUUGGGCCAAUCGAAGUGAUGGCACUGGGACUGCCGGGGCCCCAACAUCCUCCGCAGCCUGGCCCGCUCUGGUCUUCCGUUCCCUGGUGGACAGAGUGGGUUUAGGAUCGGUUGUUCCUGUGGAGUAUUUUGGAAACAAGAAUUUUGAAUUCUUGUCUGAUAACAAAACUUUUCAGAGGUUUGAGGUUGACAAAGACCUGAGACACCCUUUGCUGUUGGAGCAGCCCUCCCUGCAGGCUGCCGUCUCCAGCUGGCGUACUGACUUUGAACUGCAGGAGAUCUUCAGGAAGGGUUCCUACACCAUUCAAGGACGCAGGGUUCGUGUGUACCAGCCAGAGUUUGAAGAAUACUGGGCCUCAGGACUGGUCUCACAGCACGAUCCGAUCUCACACAUCAUGGAGAUUACCUUAGAUAAGGGAGACGAAACCCAGAUGGUAGAUCCUCGUGUGAUACAUGUCAUGCUGGCAGAGGAGGAGAAUGGGCGGCGAAGAAAGGACAGUGAUACAAUGAAGGGUGACAGUGGGCGCAGGCGUAGGACUGCGUCCGAGGGCGAGGAUGACUUGAACUUGAAGCGUUUUAAAGGAGCAGGCGAUACGGCAGCUGAUGGGCAAAGCUGCGGCGACUUCAACAAAACAGCAGCAGAAGGGAUGGGGAUCUGGGGCGGAGACUCCGGCGAAAGGGUCAGCAGCACGACCAAAAACGGAAGCUCGUCAGAAAGAACCUUUCCUCAAGGCAGAGUGUCGUCCCCCAACACUAACUCCUCACUUCAGAUGGACCAAUCGAACGCCACCCCUUCUCGCUUUCCUGCCCAUGUGAAAGAAAACGGUCGCCCACUCUCCACACAAGGUGUAGCAGACUCCACUACCGCCGUUACUCACACUCCCACUCCUCCUCCCCUCAAACCAGCCCCCUCUCCUUUCUCCACCACGUCUUUUCCCUCACUAGGCCAGAUGCCAAGCCUGGUCCCCGGAGCUCCAGCCCCCAAGGCCUCCCCAACCCCCCAAACCGACCGAGAGGAGGCUUCACAAUCAGCUUAUUCCAAAACAGCUGCUCUUGUUUCCCCGGGCCCUGUCACCAUUUCUUGGUCGCAUGACAGCGGCCCCAGUGUGGCACUCUCUGCGUCUGUGGGUUUUACUCCUAAAGCCCCCACCUGGGGAAGCCAGACUGAGGGCUCCAAAACGGCGUCAGGUUUUCGUAUGCCCCAAACUGGACCCUCUCAGACCAAUGGAGCUCCUUCCACCACCACAGCCUCCCAGGAUACUCCCAGGCCCUUUGGCUUCGGCUUUGGAGGGGCAAAGAAUGAGACUCAAUCCAAGCAAGACCAAAACUUGUUUAUUCAAUGCAUGACUCAGAAUUCUGGGUCCAGCCCAAGCCUAGCUGCUGGUCAGACGCAGUCCAAGGAUACCAAUUAUUUCACCGCAGUGUCUGAGAGCCUGAGUAAGGAGCCCCCAAGCCUUUUCAAGUCCACAGCCUCCACUGAAGGGCAGAAAAAGCAUGAGCAGCCCAAAGUGCCUGAGACCCAUUCAGCGGGAAAUGGUGUGCUCAAUAAAUCGUCACCGACCUUCCAGGGCAUGGCUAGCUCUGCAGGAGGAAGAGGCCCUGGUCUGAGCAUCGGUGGUCUCCCUGCAGCCUCUGGAGCUCAAAGUACUUCUAAGAAGAGCAGUAAUAAUGGGACUUCUGUGGGAGGCUUAGGACUGCAAUCUGGGUUUAAUACUUCAGAUAGCCACCAGAACCUUUUCCUGCAGGCCUCCAAAGAGCCUGCUAAUCCAUUUCUGGCAUAUGGGGACAAAACUGCCCACACCUCCUUUGCUGGCCUCUCAGGGGCCGAGUCACAGACCCUUGGUUCUGCCUCGGACAGCAAGCCAAACCUGUUCACUAUGGCCGAGCCACCUAAGGGGAUUCUGUCUUCCCCUUUCCCAGCACCCUCAGCAGCUGCGUCACCCAGCUCUUCGUCUUCACCAGUACCGACCUCAUCACAGAGGUCACAGAGUGAAGGGACUGUGGCAAAGGAGGAGCAGGAAGUUGGAGAGAUGCCUUCAUCCACCUCAGCAUGCCCCUUGUUUGGGAGCACCGGCCCAGGUGGAAUAGAAGAUGUCCCGGCGUCCUUUGACCAGAGCCAGUCUCAGAAGUUUUCCCUGGAGGACAGGGGCCAAUCGUCCAAACGUGACUCUGGUGACUCCAGCUGCAACAGUGACCUGUCAGACCUGAGUGAGAAUGAAGAGGGCCCAGAGAAAGGCCAGAUCCCAGGACGACCACCACUCCCUGUCAAGGAUGCUGCCAUGUUGCAGAAAACUAAGGUCCAGGGGGUAGCUAAGGGGCGUCCACGUAACAAGCCUUUUAAAGUGGGCCAGUCUGUACUGAAAGACCAGAGCAAAGUCCGGCGUCUGAAGCAGUCUGGCGAGUCCUUCCUCCAGGACGGCUCCUGCAUCAAUGUGGCCCCUCACUUGCACAAGUGCCGCGAGUGCCGCCUGGAGCGCUACCGUAAAUAUCGUACUACAGGCGAAGACAGCGACGACGACGACCCAAAUGUGUCCUGUCGGUUCUUCCACUUCAGAAGGUUGGCUUUCACUCGGAAAGGUAUACUGCGUGUAGAAGGCUUCCUGAGUCCGCAGCAGAGCGAUUCCAUGGCCAUGGGUCUGUGGCUACCUGCUCCCGCCGUCCAAGAGGGCCUCGACCUCGACACAUCCAAGUACAUCCUGGCCAAUGUGGGAGACCAGUUCUGCCAGUUGGUCAUGUCUGAGAAGGAGGCCAUGAUGAUGGUGGAGCCUCACCAGAAAGUGGCAUGGAAACGAGCAGUGCGCGGUGUCAGAGAAAUGUGUGACGUGUGUGAGACCACGCUCUUCAACAUCCACUGGGUGUGUCGUAAGUGUGGCUUUGGAGUGUGUCUGGACUGCUAUCGGCUCCGCAGGAACAGGCCAAGGGAGGAUGUAGAUGAAAGGCCUGAGGAUGAGGUUUUCUCUUGGUUAAAGUGUGCCAAGGGCCAACCCCAUGAGCCACAGAACCUCAUGCCUACACAGAUAAUACCUGGGACAGCUCUUUACAGCAUUGGCGACAUGGUGCACUCGGCGAGAGGCAAGUGGGGUAUUAAGGCCAAUUGUCCUUGCACCAGCCGACACACCAAGUCUCUAGUACGCCCGAGUGCCCCGAAUGGGAUUCCACAGCAGUCUGCAUCAAGCAGCAGUAGUGGGGUCCUCGCUGCGGCUUCGGCUUUUGGCACCACCCCAAAAUCAGAGGGAGAAACAUCAGCAGUCAAAACAGAAACUGCACAAACAGCAGUGCCAUCAGACAGCGGGGGAGGAGAAAAUGUUGGCAGUAUCAGUAACUCCACCAGUGGUACAUCCUCCCCCUGUAACCACACCCAGUCCACUGCCAAGGAGUCGCGCUCAGCAGGGGAGGGCAACAGCUCGGCUCUGCACUGGCUGGCAGACUUGGCCACACAGAAAGCCAAGGAUGACACCAAGGAUUCUGGUUCCCUCCGCUCCAUGAUGAGUCAAAACAGCCGGCCUCACUUCGGCCUGGACUCACUCAGUGCCCUUUCAAAGCCUUCUGCUUCCAGUCCUAAGCUAUUUAACAGUCUGUUGCUGGGCUCCAGCAUGGCCCAGUCCAAACCCGAGGGCUCCAGUCUCCGGGACCUGCUCAACUCCGGGCCGGGGAAACUCCCCCAGGGGCCUGGGGAGAGCGGGGUGCCUUUCCCCUCUGUCUUUACCUCAGCAGGGAGUGACAAGCUGAAGAGCAGCCUCCCGAACUUCCUGGAUCACAUCAUCGCUUCGGUCGUGGAGACCAAGAAAGCAGAAGGCCGCCGGACCGGGGCCUCUGAGGGCGGAGAGCUCGGGGUGUUGGGGGGCCGCAAAGACGGAGUCAUGGGCCUGAGUGUUUUGGAACCACACACCUCCCACUCCUGGCUCUGUGACGGACGACUCCUCUGCCUACAGGACCCCAGCAACAGCAACAACUGGAAGAUCUUCAGAGAGUGCUGGAAGCAGGGACAACCGGUGUUGGUGUCGGGGAUACAUAAACGGCUGAAAGAGAAUCUGUGGCGGCCUGAUGCUUUCAGUAGGGAGUUUGGUGACCAGGAUGUGGACCUGGUCAACUGUAGAAACUGUGCUAUCAUCUCUGAUGUGAAGGUACGAGACUUCUGGGACGGCUUCGAGAUCAUCUCCAAGCGACUGCAAGACACUGAGGGCCAGCCCAUGGUAUUAAAAUUAAAGGAUUGGCCUCCAGGUGAAGACUUCAGGGACAUGAUGCCCACAAGGUUUGAUGAUCUGAUGGAUAACCUCCCUUUGCCUGAGUACACAAAAAGAGACGGCCGUUUAAACCUCGCCGCCCGUCUGCCCAACUUUUUUGUGCGUCCUGAUCUUGGACCUAAGAUGUAUAACGCCUAUGGCUUGACCUCCUCUGAAGACAGGAAGGUGGGAACCACGAAUCUCCAUCUGGAUGUCUCUGAUGCCGUCAACGUCAUGGUCUAUGUUGGCAUCCCUCAAAUAGAGGGAGACCCGGGGAAAGAGGCAGAUAUCAAUGGACGCAAAGAGGUCAUGACCACCAUCGAGGAGGGCGAUGUGGAUGAAAUGACCAAGAGGAGGGUGUACGAGCAACAGGAGAAACCUGGAGCUCUCUGGCACAUCUACGCUGCGAAGGAUGCAGAGAAGAUCAGAGAGCUGCUCCGCAAGGUCAGCAUCUAGCAGAUUUCUGUUAGCAUUGUGUCUCUGAAGCUGCUUCGUAAUUGGCUGUACUUGUAAAAUAUUUAAACCUCAGACCCAGGGGCCUCUGCAAAUAUG